AUGUCUAGCAAUCCUGUGGUUCCAGAUACUAUCAACGUGGCUCUAGGCCAGCUUCAUUUAGAUGAAGCUGGUGCUGUGCCAGUUCCGGUUUCCGGUCAAGAAAAUGCUCCAUCGGUAAAAGUUAGCACUUCCAAUAACGAUGACGAUAAUAGCAGUAACAGCGACAGCAAUGGACAUGCCAAUGAGAGUGUUAAUGCCAGCAGCAUUAAUGCAGGUCCCUCAGCUCAUGUGACUCCAAUGUUCGCGCCCCAUAUGAUGAAUCCCUUUAUGCCUUACCAUCCUAUGAUGCAUAUGCCACAUUCGGGCUUUUUCCCCGGGGCUCAAGAUCCAAUGUUCCCUCCACCAGACUCCAGUGCAGCCGUAGAUUUCACUCCAGCACAAGGGAUCGAUCUCUCGAUUCCUCAGGAAAUGGGCAGUGUCUCCAAUGGAGGCGUUUCUGUGGGUGUGGAUGCUAAUUCUUUGCCAGCAAACGACCCAAUGAUGAUGCAGCAGUACAUGAGCAACGGCCAAAGACAAAUGUUUUGGAUAAACCCAGAUAGCUUGAAUUCAAGUGCCGUCGACGAUAUUAACCCAGCAGAUGAUAGUCAUGGCCAUGAUCCAUUUGUGCGUGGUUCGUCUUUCGCUUUAGAAAGCUCUACUGCUGCGGGUGCAGAACAUGAAAAGACUGACGCAAAGGUUCCAGGCGCAAACAUCUCUAGAAGACAGACGUUUGCAGCUGUCUCAACCUCCAACUUGCUAGGCAGUGAAAACGUCGAGUCAAGUGCCGAUUUGGCUUCUCCAAGCGAUGCUGCUAAUGCUAAGAAGGAGGAACAAGAAAGAGUUUAUCCUCAAGCGGCCGCCUACCCAUACACCGGUGCUCUACUGCAACCAAACCCGGUCAUGUCAGGUCACCCAUUGGGCCACCCCCAUCAUCCACACCCUCACCACCCGCAUCCAAUCGGGUCGCCAUUCCAUGGUUACGGUUUCAACACAGCUUUCUCGCCAGUUCCAGUGGCAGGAUCUCCAUUGACCAACCGUUCUCCAGUUACAACUGGCGAAGGUAAGGACGCCAAUGGUGGAGAAGAUGCAAACAACGAUCAGCCAAACAUGCAUAAAAUUCAUUCCGGCAUGAACUCACCAUCCAUGGGCCAAUCGGCUGGAAUGCCUCCAAACCCAUGGAUGUUUGCUCCUCACGGCAGUCCAAAUUUCAUGUUGCCUCAUCCGGGCCAUCCAGGCCACCCAGGUCACCCAGGCCACCCAGGACAUCCAGGCCACCCAGGACAUCCAGGCCAUCCAAACCAUCCAAACCAUAUGGGCGGACAUCAAAGACCACAGAGUGGUAACUCGCAACAUAAGAAACGGUCUUAUAACAACAAUAAUGGCAACAAUAACAACAACAAUAACGCCAAUGGCGGUAACCGUAACAACAACUACAAUGGUGGGAAAUAUCAUGGGAAGCCUCACCGCUAUGAAGAUGGAUCCCGUUACCAAAAUGCAGUUCUAGAACAGUUCAUCGGUUCCUUGUACUCUUUAUGCAAAGACCAACAUGGUUGUAGAUUCUUGCAACGUCAAUUAGACGAAGAAGGAGAAAAAGCUGCUUCCAUUAUCUAUGCGGAAAUUAAAGACCACAUUUGCGACUUGAUGAGUGAUCCUUUCGGUAAUUACUUGAUGCAAAAGUUGUUCGAAUGCAUUAACGAAGCUGACAGAGUAGAAAUCGUGAAGAACUGUGCGCCACAUUUUGUGGAUAUCGCUUUGGAUGCUCACGGUACGAGAGCUUUGCAAAAGUUGGUCGAAUGUGUUCAAACCGAAGAAGAGGUUCAACUUUUGGUUUCCACUUUGCAACCAUCUAUUCUUCCACUAAGCAGAGAUUUCAAGAGUAACCAUGUUGUUCAAAAGAUGCUCGAGAAGUUCUCCUGCAAAGACACUCAGUUCAUCUAUGAUGCCGCAUGCGAAGAUAUCAUUAAAAUUAGUAACCACAGAAAUGGUUGUUGUGUGGUUCAACGUUGUUUAGAUUUUGGUGAUGAGACACAACGUAAUGAGCUAUGUGACAAGAUUGUCGAAAACUCAUUUGAACUAACUAUGAACCCAUAUGGUAACUAUGUGAUCCAGUACAUUCUCACCAAGGAAAGAGAGAAGGAAAACCCUGAUUUCAAGUACACAAAGAAAAUUGUUGAUGUCUUAAAGCUCAACGCAAUUGACCUUUCCCUCAACAAAUUUGGUUCCAAUGUCGUUGAGUCCAUUCUUCGUACCCCUGCAGUCUCUGACGUUAUGAUUUCUAAAAUUCUAAACAGUAACGAUGAAUCUGGGUUAUCUAAACUACUACACGAUAGCUAUGGGAAUUAUGUCCUACAAACAGCUCUUGAUGUGGUGAAAGACUCUAACAGCUCUUUAUUCUCACUUUUGUCAGAGUCUCUCAAACCGUUGUUAGUAGGUCAAAUCAGAAACACUCCUCAUGGCAGAAGAAUUGCAGCUCUUAUCCAAACAGACUAG